AUGUCGUCCGCCAUGAAACGCCUGUCCAACCUGGCCGCACACUUCGUGCCUUCAUCGAGUUCGCCCACGGCUGCAGACAAUAGCGCCAUGAAGGAUAGCUACCAGCACUCACACCACAUCCACCAGCUCAGCCCGACAUUCUUCCUCCCGCGAGCAGCGAGCAUCGAACCAGACGCUAUCGCGACAUAUCACAAGACGGCCAAUGCCAAGAUAUUGCAACGCACAUACCAAGAGACAGCAGAUCGUGCAAGAGGAUUGGCAUACUACCUGAAGAAGCAUGGGUUCAAAAGAGUUGGCAUACUUUGCACAAAUACUCCAGCGUUCUUGGAGUCGAUAUAUGGCAUUGGAGGGGCAGGUGCUGUCAAUGUUGCCAUCAACUAUCGUCUGAAGAUGGAAGAUAUCACGUACAUCUUUGACCACGCCGAAGUCGAUCUAAUCAUCGUGGACGCUGAGUUCAGGUCACUACUCGAUGACUUCAAGCAGUCGCAUCCAAACGUACCGUUCAUUAUUGACACGGACACGGAUGAAGAUACCGGCGAAUUCGACCAAUGCGUCCUCGAAGGUAUACAACACGACGAUCGAAACGGUGGACGCGGCUGGGCAGGCCUUGAGACCGAAGUACCGCAAGAAGAUAGCAUGGUUGCGAUCGCAUAUACUUCUGGCACUACGUCUAGGCCGAAGGGUGUUGAGUAUACUCAUCGAUCGGCGUAUUUGGCGACUUUGGGUAAUGUCAUCGAGAGCGUCCUAAACACAGCUCACCCGAAGGCUCAGCGAUGUCACUAUCUCUGGACUUUGCCAAUGUUCCACGCCAUGGGAUGGACCUUUCCCUGGGCGGUCACCGCUGUCCGUGGCACGCACUACUGCCUUCGCAAGAUCGACUACCCAUACAUCUGGCAACUGCUGAAGGAGCAGCACAUCAGCCAUUACAACGCCGCGCCGACCGUCAACACCCUGCUAUUGGCAGAUCCGAACGCAGAGAAGCUCGAGCAUCCAGUGCGAGUCACCGUCGCCGCUAGCCCGCCCUCUGCCCAUCUGUUCGAAAGCAUGGAGACUCACAACCUCCGACCCGUCCACGUUUACGGCCUAACUGAGACGUACGGCCCGAUCACCAAGGGGUACCUAAUGCCUCAGUGGGAGGACCUGCCAGUGAAGGAAAAGUACGCAAAAAUGGCCCGCCAAGGUCACGGUUUCAUAACCUCCCUACCCGCGCGCGUGAUCAAAACCAACCAAGACGAGAGCGGCAGCUUGGACGCCAGCGAGAAGAUUGAAGACGUCGAGAAGAACGGCAAAGAAAUCGGCGAAAUCGUCUUCAUCGGCAACAUUUGCGCAAAGGGAUACUACAAAGACCCAGUCGCAACACGCAAACUCUUCGCCGGCGGGGUGCAGCACUCUGGCGACUUGGCCGUCUGGCAUCCCGACGGCGCCAUCCAAAUUAUGGACCGUGCGAAGGACAUUAUCAUCUCUGGGGGUGAGAACAUUUCAUCGGUUGCGCUUGAGGGGCUGCUGAUGACGCAUCCUGAUAUUCUUGAGGCGGCGUGUGUUGCUGUGCAGGAUAAGAAGUGGGGGGAGGUGCCGAAGGCAUUUAUUACUGUUAAGCAGGGGAAGAAGGGAGGUAUGACUGGGCAGGAUGUUAUUGAGUGGGCUAGGGAGCAGAGUCAGAUUAGUCGGUUUAUGGUGCCGAAGGAGGUGGAGAUUUUGGACGAGUUGCCGAAGACGAGUACGGGGAAGCUGAGGAAGAAUGUACUGCGGGAUUGGGCGAAGGGGAAGAAGAGGGAGGCUGAGUGA